AUGAGUGGAAGCAGCUCGCCUGACUACAAGGAACUAUUCCUCAAGGCGGAGGAGGAAAGGAAAUGGGCAGAGGAACGCCAAAGGCAGGCAGAGGAAAGGGAGAAGCAGGCAGAUGAGGAGAGGAGGCUGGCAGAGGAACGCCAAAGACAGGCAGAGGAACGCCAAAGACAGGCAGAGGAACGCCAAAGACAGGCAGAGGAACGGGAGUGGCAAGAGAGGGAGCGCAACCGACCGACGACUUUUUCAGAGUUCAUCCGUCAUUGCCACGAUCUCCUUUGGCGGCCCCUACGAGCUCAAACACCGUCACGCUCAACGACAGGCAAAAUCCCUUCUCCCACCGGAAAAUACUGCCCUAUACGACUGCUUCCGUGGACCGAACGUGAAGCUAGACAACGGGAAAUUUAUGAGUCUGUUUGCCGCUACCUUCAACCGACAGAAGAGGAUGCACAACAGUUAUUCACGCCGCUUGUUGCGUUGGAAGACCAUGGCCGACGAUUCGCGCGUCGACCCAUUAGCAGCGAACAGGAUUUAGAGACCUAUGAGCGACUCGCCGUUGAAGAUCAUGUGCAUGAUAUCGUCACUGAGUUAUGUAAAAUACCGGAUGCUCGCGAGGAGUUCCGGUUAGGCAGCGGAGUGUGGUUCGAUAAUCACGCCAAUGCUCUGGACGAAGAUGAUGAAACCGAUGCUAGCCAGCCAUCAACCACAAAACCUUCGAAGCCGGAUCAAUUUUGCAUCCAUCGAGUCGACGGGGCCACGAGCACCUUGCUCACUACGGUCGAAUACAAACCACCCCAUAAGCUAUCCGUGGCGGUCCUGCGUGAAGGACUCCGGCCGAUCGAUUUUUGGCACGAAAUCGUAGAACCGGAUACUGUCCCGACGGAAGAGCCGGAGAAAUCAAGAUAUAACGCCGCGCGGCUGGUCGGAUCCGCGAUUGUCCAAGAAUUCCACGUGAUGAUUCAAGAAGGGCUCGAGUAUUCAUACCUAACGAACGGCCUGAUGGAUGUGCAGCUCUGGGUGCCCUACGACGACCCAACUACCCUCUACUACGACCUUGGUGACCCCAGUAUGUACAGAACAGAGGGUGUCGGAAGACUCCGGGCUCCCAUGACUCGAAUUGAGAGGACUCUAUGUCUCUGUCUGAUGAGUUUUCGCACUCCUCUUCGUGAUCAGGCCUGGCGAAAUGCCGCCAAAGCAAGGCUACCGAUUUGGCACACGAGUUUCGAUAGUGAGCGCUCCCAGAUUCCAGCAGCGGAAUUACCACAGGACGCCAGCGUGGACUAUGCUGGCUCCGAAUAUACUACUCCUGAGCAGACUACCUCUGAGUACGUACCUUCAUCGUCUCCAGCGGGGUCUCCUGUCACCAAAGGCCGUCGAGUGACCACACGAGCAGCCUCUGGCUGCGCGCCUUCAUCCGACCAGCACCACCAAGAGGAUUCUUCGGAUUCCGAGGUAGACCCUGCCGCAUCUGCUGGACGGAAGCGGGGAUUUAGCCAGGUUACAUCGUCCCCUUCAACCCAACGCUCCGCACCCCGAACAGAUUCGCAAAGGUACCAAAGCGGACAAUCUCGUCCACAUGUUGCUCAAUAUUGCACACAAAAGUGCCUUCUAGGGCUACAGCAAGCCGGCACGCUUGACGCUGACUGUCCGAACACGAAGCUGCAUACACUCGGCGGAAGUGACGUCCGCCACCUGAUCAGCGCAGAAGACCUAGUGAAGAAACUCAAGGCGCAGCUUGAUCAAGAUCUCGAUCAUAACUGCACUCCAAUAGGCCAUUGUGGGUCCUACGGUGCACCAUUCAAGAUUACUUGUGCCACAUUCGGGUACACUAUUGUCGGGAAAGGGACGACUUCGAAACGCUGGAAGAAGGUGUCGCGCGAAGCAGAGGUUUACCGUGUCCUCCAGCGGGCCCAAGGUUCGGCAGUCCCAGUCUUUCUCGGAGCUAUCAAUUUGGCCCAGGUCUACUUCCUCCACGCUGCAGGAGAAAUUCGUCAUAUGCUCCUUAUGGGCUGGGGUGGCGAGAGCGUGGAGCAUAUAACCCUUGACAAGACCAUUCAACGUGCGAUCUCUCGGUCAGUAAGGGAAAUCCGUUCUUUGGGCGUUUCCCACCAGGACCUUCGCCCGGAAAACAUUCUCUGGAAUGCCGAGCUUAAACGAGCGUUAAUCAUCGACUUCCACCGCUGCACAUUGGACCCUCGGCCGAUGCACAAGCGGCCUGGUUCUCUCAAACGAUUGCGGUGUGAACCUGAAGAACGUGAAUCUAAAAGAUUGCGUGUGGCGUGA